UGAGUGAGUGUGUGUGUGUGUAAUGUUGCUGCUUUUGCUGCUGUUGCUGUUGCUGUUGUUGUCCUGUUGAUGUUGCCGCUUCGAUUUGGUUUUCCGGUUGUCAGGCAAUUUGCCAACUUACUGCAAAGAUCAGCACAAAGUGUAACCCACACACAAAGAGAGGGCAAAAGUGACACGGCAAGGAAAUCUUUGCGCUUCUUUUUCCAACGUUUCAUUAAUUGAAUUGAUUUGCAUGGCAACUGACUGCAAGUGGCACAAUUCCACCAUGCAACAAUAUGCAAAUGCAGUGGCUCAUCGAAAUAAUUGAUAUACAAGUCUAUCGCAUGUAUUUACAUUUUACAUCGAUUAGCCAACAUUCAAAACCGAUAAUUUUGUCUUCCAGAUAUGACAAUCAUAUUGGAAUGAUGCAUUCAAAUAGUUAUUUAAACAUUAUGAAAAUGGCCAUUUUGUUGAUUAACCAAUCAGAGGUUUUAUUAUUAUUUUAAAUAAGAGCGAUUACGAUUUGCGUCACUGGUUAUUUAUUUAUUUAAGUUUGCUGCUUACGACAAAUUUAACGCUUAAGCAUUUUAUGCACAUACAGCAUCGAAAAGUUGAAAGUAUUUACAACACCUACACAUUUGUAAAACAUGGCGAUUAUAAAAGAUUUUAAUACAACCCGUUAAACCAUACAUCAAACAGUUAAUAAAAACACUUUUUAAUUGAGAGCAAGAGAAUAUUCAACUGGAUUCAAAUGAAAAGCGAUCAGAAGAUCGAUAGUCAUUGAAUAAGAAACGACUUUGAUUUCCAGCUACAUAUGAAUAAUUGAAAAAUUGAAAAACCUCAAAAAAAAAAAGGAGACAUCACAUAUAUAUGUAUAAGGAUGCGGAUUCAGGACACGGGCUUAAUGCAACGUUUAAAAUGUGGCAGAUUGACGACGCGACGUCAGAAGAGCGCUUCUGCAUUUCCAAUUUUUCAAUUUUCCACUUUUUUAAACACAUUGUUUUUCCAUACAUUUGUUGCUACCGAUGUGCGCUACUGGUGCCAAUUUAUGAAAUUUAUUUUUUGCCUACGUUGUGAUUAUUUAUUCAAAAAGUUGGCCUCGGCCAGCGUCUGGUGGUCCUACCCACCCCCUCCCCCGCUCCCUUUGCCCCUCCUGUCCUUGCAGAUAUCCUGCAGUCAGGACUCUCGCCAUCUCUCUUGUUGUAAUUGCAAUUGUUGUCUGUGGGGGUGGGGUAAAUAAAUUAAUAACACAAUUUAUGCAUGACGCACAUUUAUAAUUACAUUUGGAAAUAAUUUAAUUAAAAUUGUUAACGCUUGAUUGAAGUUAAAUCGAAUCGGACAAGACGGACAGCGGCAGGUAGUGAGUGCGAGAGAGAGAGAGAGAGAGAGAGAGAGAGAGAGAGAGAGAAAGAGCGAGUCCUUACAAAAGUGACUUAAUUAAAUUAGCCCAUCAAUAAGGGACAUAAUAUAAUAAAAUGCCAACAAACUGACCAAUUGCCAUAUCGGUCAACCGAAAUCAGUCCUCCUCGCAGAGGUUCUGGUAUUUGAAAAGUGUUUCAGGUACACGGAAAAAGGACAUUCAUUUGCCAGGUGGAAAAAGGACAGGAAUGUUAGUUGGUUACUCAAAUAAACCGAUCAGCAGUAACGGUAAUUAAAAGCCAACCAAAUGACCAAAUAAGCCACACAAAAAAAAACCAAAAAAAAAAUAAAAAAAAAAAUUGGUCAACGACAACUGUGUAUGCUGAUGGAAAUCUUAGAAAAAUAAUACAAAGAAAUCGAGUUGCAAAGACUCAAAGCUGAAAAUACUCUAUAAAUGCAUGCAUUGGAUUACAAAAAAUAAAAAAAAAAUUGCCAUAAAUUGGCAUAAAAAUAAUACAAUGAUUUUGAAUUGAUGUCACAUAUUUUUAGGGCAACAAAAAAUAGAUUUCGAAUUUCAGAGCGCACUCAACUAUGCCGUAAUCCCCCCAAUUAAUUCCAGGGUAUUUCUUUGGGUAAACGCUAAUAGCUGAUUGGGAAUUCGAACUGCAAGACCACAAAACAACUCACACAUUUACAGGUGCAGAUAAGGCAAAAGCACACACUCGCAUUUGUGAGCAGUAAACCAACAUGGCAAACGCACACACAGAUACAAGCUAUGUGUAAAUAAGUGUUGGUUAUGCCCACAAAUCAAUUAAGUCGAUUGGGCCAACAUUUUCGGCUGGUAACACACACUCACACACACACACACACACACACUCGCACACACACACUCGCACACACACACACAUGCACAAGAAAAUUGGUAAAGAGUUGUUAAGCGCCCAAAAUGACACAUGCGAAAGUGGAGAAGAGGACUCAAAGGAACCGCGAAGCUGAAUUCCGCCACUGCAAUCGGGCCAAAAUGCAGGAGACAGAAAAAAAAAGGAAAAAGGAGGAGUGAGGGAAAAGGUGGAAAAACCCCGAAAUUAACCCCAAAUGUAGGCAAGAACAAGCUAUCUUAAAUAUUGGCUAAUUUAUAUAAAAACCAACUAGCAGUUGGAAAAGCAAAUCAAAUCAACAAGACCAACAACAACUAUUCAGCUUCCGGUCAGAGUUGUCAACUUUGCUAAACAUAUCUUCAAAUAUCUGUAAAAUAUCACUUGCAUAAUAUUUCAAUAUUUUCAGCUUCCGGCCAGAGUUGCUAACUUUUUUGUGCAACAAACAAUUGGUAAACAUAUCUUCAAAUAUCUCUGAAAUAUCACUUUUUCACAAGCGUAUGUUAAAAGUACAUUAAAAUGGGUUUUUACUAACUGGGUAUACUGAUAAUAUUUCAAUAUUUUCAGCUUCCGGCCAGUGUUGUCAACUUUUUAAAACGCGCAAAUUGCUAAACAUAUUUUCAAAUAUUUUUGAUAAAUAGCCCCACUGACUGACUAAAUCAAUUGGAUAGAUAAAUCAAUUUCAUGAUAUUUACAAAUUAUUUAUUGAAUUGUUUUGGACUAGUGUUCGAAGUAUUGAUUGUUAAAAGAAAUUGGACUGAAAAAUGUUUUCCCUAAUUACUUGAUAGUUUGAAAACAACCGUAAAAUUUGAAAACUCGUCUACUCGACGUUGUAAGUCUAGAAAAUAUUUAAUAUUUAAUUAAGAUAUUAUACUUAGGUUGAAAAUUCUUAGCUAAUUCCCUAGAAACUCCUUGAAAACUCGACUACAAGACAAUCUUUAUGUCCAGAAAACAUUUUAUAUGUUAAUAAUAAGACUAUUUUUUGGGCGGCUUUAAAAGAGCCAGUGUGUCGGCUCGGGCGACGAGUGGAAACGAAUCCUCGUCGGCCGAAGGACAAUGCCGAGCGUGGCACGUUGCUUUGGCUGCCGGGGCGUAUAAAUACCGGAGACGCACGGCCGUCGACCAUCAGUUAUCCAGCCGAUUUCCCCUUGGAAACGCGACGUGCAACGUAUUACGUCGUGCUCCUUACGUUCGUCCUUUGUCGAAAAUCUCGAAGCGGAAUAAGAGCUAGCAACGUUUUUUGUUUUGUUUGUUUCGUUUGUUUCGUUUGUUUGUUUGUUUGUUAUUGUGCCCCAGCAGACAGAGCACCACGUGUGUGCAAUGUUCACCAAUUGGCUGACGGGCAGCAGCAGCAGCAGCAGCAACAGUAGCGGCACGCCGGCCACUCGCUCCUCAACGUCCGGCGUAGUUAGUGCCUCUGCUUUGGUGAUGAGCUCGCCACCGGAUGUGAUCCUGGAGGUCGGUCCCGCGCCCACCAGUGUGCGAUUCGUGGCCCACUCGUUGGUGCUGGGCAUGCAUAGUGGUUACCUGCGAUCCGCCAUCCGAUUGGAUGAGGCAGCAGCUGCGGCACCACAAGCCACAAACUCCAAUCCAUCGGCCACCACGGCAACGGGUGAACUAUUACUAUAUCUGAGCAAUGUCACCGCCGAUCAAUUUGCCCCGCUGCUCACGUAUAUGUAUACGGGAUAUCUGGACCUGACCGUCGACAAUAUCUUUGCCGUUCUGCUGGCCACCCAUGUACUGCAUAUGCCAAGAGCUUUGGAAAUCUGCCGCUCCUUUUUGGCGCGAGCUCAAACGGAGGGCUACUUGAACGGCAAUCCCGCCCAGCUUUGUCCAGUGGCCAGCAUUCCAGCCAAGGUCAUCCGGCCGAUACCCAGCAAGGCCACCCUGCCGAAUUUCGGUUUCCUGCCCAUGCCAACUACUGCUCCUCCUCCCCCACCUCCUCCUCCUCCACCUCCACCUCCGCCUUCUGAUCCAGCUCCAGUUCCAACUCCUUCUUCGCAUCCAGCUCAAAGUACAGCGCUUAGUUCGUUUGGCGCUGGCACAUCGCUUAUGGACGAACCCACAACCAUUCGCGUUAACGACGAAGAAGAGGAUGAGGAUGUGGAGGUCUUUAUAGACAGCAAUACAGUGACGGAUAACGAGGCCGAUCCCGAACCGGAUGUCGACAUGGACUGCAAUGUUUCGGUGGUUAGUUCCCUGGCCGGAAGCAGUGCCGGCAGCCUAAACAUCGAGCGUCUGGAUGUGAAGCCAUCAACUCCAAUACCUGCUGCUAUUGCUGUUGCUGUUGGCGUUGCUCCAUCCGUAAACAUUCCAUCCACGGCCAAAUCGCAAUCUCAGAAUCUGCAGCCCAAACUGCACAACUCGAAAAGGGAAGCAAUGCCAAAGGGAAGGGGUAACAAAGGCACCGCGACAAGAUCGAGAAAAUCCAGUGGUCUGCAGGUGGCCAAGGCUCCGGUGCCGGCUGCCCAAUUGGAAAUGGCCAAUGCCCAAUCGAUGACACCCUCGAAAUUCAUCAUCGAUGUGGCCAGUUGCGAUGGACCGGUGAGAUUUCGCCGAAUUCUAAACACAGCCUAUGGCCAUAAGCCCGAGGACUUGACAUCACUAGCCGGCGAGGGAGCAGGCGGUAGAGGAGCAGCUGAUGCUGCAGGAUCAUCGGCGGGUGAGCAACAUCGCAGCCAGCAGAGCGUUAGCUAUUCGUUUCACCAGCAAAUGGCCAGAGCCAUAAGCAGUCAGCAGCGACAGCAGAGCCACCAGCAGAGCCACCAGCAGCAGCAGCAGCAACAGGAGGAGUGUGAAAAUAGUGGUGAUGCCAUGAAAACAACAGCUGGCAAACAACGGCUGGCCACAGGAGCCACUUCAUCAGCGUCCACCGCAUCGGGUGGCGGCGGCAAUGCAACAACAACAACAACAACAACGACGACAACAGCAACGGGCAAUGGGAAUAGAAGACAGCAGGCAGGCACAGGAUCAUCGACUUCGAUCAGUGGCAAUCACGAAGUAUAUGUAUGCGUGUAUUGCAAGCAUACAUUUAAAUCGCAAUAUUGUUAUCAAAAACAUGCCAAGCGCCAUUUGAAUCCCCUCAGUUUGACCACGACGGACAAGAAAUUGCUCGUCGAACCGCUAACUUUGUUGGCCAGCAGCAGUAAUGGUCUGGAAACGGAUAGCCAACUGAUUGGAGGUCAAAGUGCAACGGCAACGUUGAUCGGUGGAGGAGGAGGAGGAGGAGGUGGAGCAACGACAAUUGCAACAGGAGGAGCAACAUCGGCGGCAUUGCUGCGGCGUGAAGUGCGACCACUUGACAUGAAUGUGCAAUAUUAUCCAUGCAAAACCUGUGGCAGCAAAUUCCCCAGCUACUAUUUCGUGCACAAGCAUCGCAAAAUGUGCCAUGCUGAUGAAAUCGAAGCAACUGCCACCAGCAACACGAGCAAUACGAGCAACACUAGCAACACGAGCAACAACAGCAGCAGCAACAUCAGCAGUAGCAGCAGCAGCAGCAGCUACGGCAGCAACGGCAACACGAAACGCGAGACAGCAGCAGCAACAACUGUCGAGGAUCAGACACCGCAGCAGCAACAUCAACAAUAAUCCUAAGAUUUAUGGCAACGCACUCAAAGCUAAAUCAAAGCAACGAAAUCUACGAAUUUAUAUACACCAAAAUCACAACACACAAACACACACAAGCUAAAUGUGUUUUUUUUUUUUUUUUG